GUAAAGCGUACGUACCGUACGUAGAUCAUUGCAGCGACGUUAACACGACCACUACCGUGGACGCAAGUCGUAGUGAGCGGACCGGGAAAGGUUGACGUGUUCUUUUCUCCCGGUCUCUAUUGAAAUCUACUCCAACCGUGUACACGGACGGACAAACGGGAGUCGUGCCUCAUAGCUGGCUGUCUGUUUCAAUCGAGAGCUCAACGAGAGUCGUCAAAAUGAAGCUGCUAGUACCGUUGGCCCUGGUGGCCGCCGUGGCCGUACUAACCUGUACCGCCGAGGAAAAGAAGGAGCAAGACUACGGAACCGUCGUCGGUAUCGAUCUGGGAACGACCUACUCGUGUGUGGGAGUGUACAAGAACGGCCGAGUGGAGAUCAUCGCCAACGACCAGGGUAACCGAAUUACGCCAUCGUACGUGGCCUUCACCGCCGACGGCGAACGAUUGAUCGGAGAUGCCGCCAAGAAUCAGCUGACCACCAAUCCGGAAAACACCGUCUUCGACGCCAAGCGUCUGAUCGGACGUGAGUUCACCGACUCCACUGUCCAGCACGAUGCCAAGUUGCUUCCAUUCAAGGUCAUCGAAAAGAACUCCAAGCCACAUAUCAAGGUUUCGACCAGCCAGGGCGAUAAGGUGUUCGCUCCGGAGGAAAUCUCCGCUAUGGUCCUGGGCAAGAUGAAGGAAACCGCUGAAGCAUACCUUGGCAAGAAGGUAACCCACGCUGUCGUUACUGUCCCAGCUUACUUCAACGAUGCCCAGCGUCAGGCCACCAAGGAUGCCGGAGUUAUCGCCGGUCUUAACGUGAUGCGUAUCAUCAACGAACCGACUGCCGCCGCUAUUGCCUAUGGUUUGGACAAGAAGGACGGCGAGAAGAACGUUCUGGUGUUCGAUUUGGGAGGUGGUACCUUCGAUGUUUCUCUGCUGACCAUUGAUAACGGUGUCUUCGAGGUCGUUGCUACCAACGGUGACACUCACUUGGGAGGUGAAGAUUUCGAUCAGCGCGUAAUGGACCACUUCAUCAAGUUGUACAAGAAGAAGAAGGGCAAGGAUAUCCGCAAGGACAACCGCGCUGUACAGAAACUUCGUCGUGAAGUCGAGAAGGCCAAGCGUGCUCUGUCGUCCAGCCACCAGGUUCGCAUUGAAAUUGAAUCAUUCUACGAGGGUGAUGACUUCAGCGAGACUCUGACCCGUGCCAAGUUCGAAGAAUUGAACAUGGAUCUGUUCCGCUCGACGAUGAAACCAGUCCAGAAGGUCUUGGAAGAUGCUGAUAUGAACAAGAAGGAUGUCGAUGAAAUCGUUCUGGUCGGAGGAUCUACUCGUAUUCCAAAGGUCCAGCAAUUGGUCAAGGAGUUCUUCAAUGGUAAGGAACCAUCCCGUGGUAUCAACCCCGAUGAAGCUGUUGCCUAUGGUGCCGCUGUCCAGGCUGGUGUCCUCUCUGGUGAACAAGAUACUGAAGCCAUCGUUCUGCUCGACGUUAAUCCAUUGACCAUGGGUAUUGAAACCGUCGGAGGUGUCAUGACCAAGCUGAUCCCACGUAACACCGUCAUCCCAACCAAGAAGUCUCAGAUCUUCUCCACUGCUUCCGACAAUCAGCACACUGUCACCAUUCAAGUCUACGAGGGUGAACGUCCCAUGACCAAGGACAACCAUUUGCUCGGAAAAUUCGAUCUGACUGGAAUCCCACCAGCACCACGAGGCAUCCCACAAAUUGAAGUCUCGUUCGAAAUCGAUGCCAACGGUAUCCUGCAGGUGUCUGCCGAAGAUAAGGGAACUGGAAAUCGCGAAAAGAUUGUCAUCACCAACGACCAGAACCGUCUGACCCCAGAAGAUAUCGAGCGAAUGAUCAAGGAUGCUGAGCGAUUCGCCGAUGACGACAAGAAACUGAAGGAACGCGUCGAAGCUCGUAACGAAUUGGAAAGCUAUGCUUACAGUCUGAAGAACCAGCUCGGAGACAAGGACAAGUUGGGCGCCAAGGUAGCUGACGAUGACAAGGCUACAAUGGAGGAAGCCAUCGACGAGAAGAUCAAAUGGCUUGACGAAAACCAAGAUGCCGAUUCGGAAGACUACAAGAAACAGAAGAAAGAACUUGAAGAUGUCGUGCAACCAAUCAUCGCCAAGCUAUACGCUAGCACUGGCGGAUCUCCCCCACCAACUGCCGACGACGAGGAUCUCAAGGACGAACUGUAAACUCUUGUUUGUUAGUCUAGCGUAAUUCCCAUUUUCCGUUCCCUGGUCGGUCUAGUUAGGGCCCUUCCACCACUCGAUCCAGUCCGGUUAGAGCUAGUAGAGGGACUCGGUUCAUUACUAGCCGUGUAGAUCAAGUAGAACAGGAAAAGAGUUCCACAGUAGAGCGUGUGCGAGCGAGAGAAUACAAGAUCGAGUGUUCGUGUACUAGGUACGCGUUAGGCGUGUUCUCAUCUCAUUUUUCAGAUGAGAGAAUGAAAAUUAUUGAAAACCCACAAAGUUUAAUUUAGAGAGAAACUUGCGUGAAUACACUUACAAGGCGAUAAGGCAUCUUAUUCGUCUUUAUUUAUUGUUUAAUUUGUUUUUCAUAAACUGCGUUUAUUAUUGCCUUUUGAUAGGGUAGUCUGAGAAAGAAAAGAAACUGCUAGUUCAUCCCCAUUUACACCUCCCAUGGUCAUCGCAGCCCCACCUUAGUUGGCACGAGGACAGCGUUGACGAUGGGAGUAUACUCUAUUACCCCUCCUUAGUUCCCAGUUAUUCUAAUAUUCCUGUUUGGUUCUUUUCCUUUCUCAACCAUCGACUGAUUGUAUGUAAGUGUGCGUGAUUAGUUUCAAGACAUCCAAGUUAAAGUAACAAGCAACAAAUUCUACUAGGAAACUUAACAUUCAAAGAAGGAAUGAUGAUAAAACAAAGCAGAUUAACAGAAUGCUGUAAGAGAAAGAAUUCAAAUAAAAGUUUUAUAAUUAAAUUAAA